AAGUGGGUUAGGAAGGGAGCUCAGUGCUCAGAGACUGCACAGCCACUCACAGGAGCAGGAGCAUCCACACGCAGGGGGGAAGCACACAGGACUCUUCUUUUUCGUUUUCCUUUUUUAACCAUCACUCCAGAUAGACUUAAUUAUUUUUUUACAUCUGUUUUUUUUUUUCCUCUUGCUUCGUUUUGAUCUCUUCCCCAAGCAUCCCCCCACGUUUCUUUUUUGUUGGAGUCUUUUGCUCAGACUUUUUGGAGAAUUUUUUUUUUAGCUAAGCCAGCACAAGACUGAGAAGACCGAGAGAAAGUGGCAGCUAAGAGAGACUGCAAAAUCACCUCUUCCUGGGGUUCUCCGGCAGAGACAGAGUUGCACAUUAUUUUUACUGUGUUUUCACAUACAGCUCUCUAGCUAGCCAUAUACACGUGCAGAGAGAGAGAAGUACAUACAUUGAAACUCAAGCAGCCCAGCCAUGGGAGGAAGGGCUCAGCCUGAUCGGAAACAAUUACCGUUGGUCCUACUGAGAUUGCUUUGCCUUCUCCCUACAGGGCUGCCAGUCCGCAGCUUGGAUUUUACCCGAGGCACCGAUAACAUCACCGUGAGGCAGGGGGAUACGGCCAUCCUCAGAUGUUAUGUAGAAGACCGAAGCUCCAAAGUGGCCUGGUUAAACCGUUCUGGCAUCAUUUUUGCUGGACAGGACAAGUGGUCCCUGGACCCUCGGGUAGAACUGGAAAAACGAACCCCUCUGGAAUACAGCCUCCGGAUCCAGAAAGUGGAUGUCUAUGAUGAGGGGUCUUAUACAUGCUCAGUACAGACACAGCAUCACCCCAGGACUUCCCAGGUUUAUUUGAUUGUGCAAGUUCCACCAAAGAUCUCCAAUAUCUCCUCGGAUGUCACUGUGAAUGAGGGCAGCAACGUGACCCUGGUGUGCAUGGCAAAUGGACGCCCCGAGCCUGUCAUCACCUGGAGACACCUUACCCCGACAGGCAGAGAAUUUGAAGGUGAGGAAGAGUACCUGGAGAUCCUAGGGAUCACACGGGAGCAAUCUGGCAAGUACGAGUGCAAAGCCGCCAAUGAGGUUUCCUCGGCAGAUGUCAAGCAAGUCCGGGUCACUGUGAACUACCCUCCCACUAUCACUGAAUCGAAGAGCAAUGAAGCUGCCACGGGACGGCAAGCCUUACUCAAGUGUGAGGCAUCGGCAGUGCCCACGCCUGAUUUUGAGUGGUACAGAGAUGACACCAGGAUAAACAGUGCCAAUGGCCUGGAGAUCAAGAGCAUGGGGAGCCAGUCCCUCCUGAUGGUGGCCAAUGUCACUGAAGAACACUAUGGCAACUACACCUGCGUGGCUGCCAACAAGCUGGGAGUCACAAAUGCCAGCCUAUACCUUUACAAGCGAGUUUUACCCACACUCCCCAAUCCUUUUCCAGGACCUGGCACAGGGAGAGUAGACAACGGUUCAAUGAGUUUGGCCGUACCACUGUGGCUGCUGGCAGUGUCCCUGCUCUGCCUACUUAGCAAAUGUUAAUAAAAUCAGAAUAAAAUCAAAUUAAAAAACCCAACAACAACAGCGACAAUAACAACACACAAAACAAAGCGCGUCAUACAGGAGACAGAGCGAGAAAAAGAGGGGGAGAGAGAGAGGACUGGUUCUUUCACAACUUUUGUGUGUUCUGGAGCAAAGGGGGGGAAUUACAGCGAAGACGAAUCAGCAACAUUUAUUCCGAAUUACGACAAGACGUCUGUCAAGCCAUCGACCACCCGGGAAGCGACGCGGAGCGCAGGAGAGAAGGGGGCGCUGGGCGGGGACCGCGUUGUGCCAAAGACGCCGAGAUGUAAAAAAAAAAACAACCAACCAACCAGAUUUCUUGUUUCCCCCUUCUUUCCUUAGUCCUCUUUCUUUCACCUUCUGAAAGAGCAGGUCUUUGCUGUGAUGUUUAUAGCCACUUAGCCCCUUGAUUCCCUUGGCCAUUUGGUGAGCUGACUCUCCGCCAGUUCAGACUUUUGGAAAGCAGUAAUCCAGAUCCCUUUCGCAUAUUGGUGUCCCAUGAAGAAACCCCACGCCUCCUCCCCCAUCCCUUGCACCCUCGUUGGCCCCCUCCCUUAUGCCCCUUCUCCUCCAAUACCUCCCUCUCUGCCCUGAGCUCAAGCUAUGUUGACUAUGCUACAAACACACUGUUUUUAUUCUCUUCUUCUCCCCCUGUAUUUGGCCGGGUGUCUCUGUCUCCCGUGUGUGUGUGUCUGUGUGUGUGUGUGUCUCUCUCUCUCUCUAAAGCAUGCGAAGAGAAUGGUCCAUAUGUACAUAAGCUCAUCAUGCUGUAGAUAAAGUUCUGCAUCGUAAGUGUGAGACAUGGUGCUGAGAGAUCACUUGGGCAGAUGUGGCGGGUGGGGAGUGCGUCAGUUGUGGCACUGGUUCAGAUGGGCUCCCGUCCCACAGCUGGCUUUUGCCUUGACAGCCUCCUUGCCGUAUUGCUUGGAAGCGUCAAUCUCCAUACUUUUUUAACCCUUCCCUGAUCAACCCCACCCGGCUGGCACUCAACUGUAAUGCAUCAGAAUAGUGGCUCCUGCUUCACAUCUGUGCUUGUGUGUAUGUCCAAACAGGUAGAAAAUCAAUGUGACUGACCCGUAGGACCAUAGAUGGCAGCACUUCAAGAGCACUGCUCCAGGACCCACUCCUGGGGGGGUUGGGAAGAGAGGUAAUCAGUGAGAUAACUUGGGCUUCACUGAUCUUCUGCACCUGUAGGUAUGGCAUGGCCAGUAAAUAUCUCUUACCAGAAAAGCCUCCAAGUGGUAAUCCAUAACCAUUCAAUAUUGCUAUAGAAAUGAACUUUUUGUCCCUCUGACCUCCUUGUUACAAACAAAGCAAACCUGUAAAUAUCUCUCUCAGCCACCAUGAAAAUACCUAGAUGGAGCUUCUUUAAUUUUAUACUUUAAAGAAAACUCAAAUUGGUUCAGAAAGUGGCCAGAACCUGGGACUGUAAAAAAGCUGGGGCCAAAAUUCUUGACAUACAAGAAAGAAGCUUUGGGUGGUGCAUUGAAGAGAGAUACAAGGGGGUACGCAAUGGGAGGGGGGAUUUUAUUGAUCUAUAUGUAACACGUCAAGGUUGCUUCUAGACAUCCUUGCCCUCUGGAUGGUCAGAGGAGGAGGUAGUUGAUGAAAGAAACUCUAGUGAUACCUGGUGGAGAAGAGGUGGUGAGUCUCAGAGUAGGUCACUUGAAACAGAGUUACUGAAAUGCUACCUAUCUGCUGGAUUCUGCCAUUUCAGCAACAGGUCCUGCAGGAUGUGAUGUAAGCAAUGGGACACGUGCAAAGCUGAAGAGCCUCACAUAUCCCAUUGGCUGUGCUGGUCAUCUGUGAAAGGGGACAACUGGGUUAAUGCACCAGUGUUUUGUCUCUGGCAACCUUUGUCUAAAUGCACCUAGGGUCACAAGUGCCAUGAUCUGGGUGUCCACAGCAGAGGAUGUGGACACCCAGUCCCUUCUCUUUCUCAGCAGAGCCUCUGGAACUGGCUUAGCAGUGGUGCUGUGGGUCAGGAUUUAGGAGCUACGCACUGGCCUUCACUGUGUCCUACUCCUAAGCAGUUUCCUAAACAGUAAAAAUUCCCUUCUCUCCCCCCCCCCCCCCCCCCACCAAUAAAUAUAAUUCAGAUCUGCCUGGAAUUUGCUGUAAAAACUUAGGGGAGGUCGGGUGGAAAUCUCUCUGGCUUGAGCAGGCUUAAGAAAGGGGAGACAGAUCACCAGAAAGCAAUGAGUUAAUUCUGUUUUGUGUUUCAAUCCUUCCCUUUACUCAGCUGAGAGGAAAUGUGCAAGAGGAGGCUCCCUAUAAUUCAGUGCCGGCUCAGCAUGGCAGCGCUCGCCUUGAUCAAGCAGCUCGACAGCAUUGCCUCUUUUCUGCUGAACGAGGCAGUUUGGGGGCAGAGACAGGCAAUCAAUUAAAGAGGCAGCCAGGCUUCUCACAGCCAACCAGGACUUGCAGAUAAAUAUUAGUCUUUGAGUGUCUUUUAAGGGAGGAGAGCAGAGAAACAGGCCUGCAGGAUGUCACCAGUCAAGGGAAGGGGAUUUUCCCCCAUCCCUCAAGGUACGUGCUCAGCUCAAGGUGGGCUCUGCUGUAAUUUUCCCUCAGUGUUUUGGGAUGUUGGAGAAUAAUCCCCACAAAAAUCACAUCCCAGAAUAUGUGUGUGUGCGCGCCUCGAUAACAGAUAUGCCACCAUCACUGCUUGGGAGGGGUUGGAAAUCAUUCAGUGACCCAGAGUGAGGGCUCAGCUUUUGUCCUCUGGCGUGAGGGGCUAGCUGGGCCCGGUGGGACUGGAUCCAGUGGGGCCAGACAACGAGGCACAGACCUUCAGAGGUCUGUAGGCGCCUGGCUCCUGUUGAACACACUGGGCAUUAGGCACCUAAAUACCUUGGAAAAUCUGGGCCUUGUCCUGUAGGUGACCUACUGACCAUGAGCCCUGCAGAGUCUCUUAGGACAGGAGCCCUCUAGCCUCUGCUGGUGAUUCUUUCUGAGUCUGAUGGGUUUUGCUGUAGGGAGGGGAGUGAGUGUACAAGUCCAGUGGCAGAUAUUGCACUUGGGGGAUGGACUAUGCAACCUCUCCCACAUAUUGGCUCAUUGGUUUGUUAUUGUAGGGUUGCUCAGAGAUGGUGGGCUGCCUGCACUGAUUUGUUACUGCAGGGAGACUGUCAAGGGUUGUUUAUGAGAACUGGGCUGAACGCAUUGUUUCAUCAGUGUAGGAUAGCUCAGGAGUGCUGAGCUGUACACACUGGCUUGUUAUUGUAGGGUCACUGAUGAGUGCGGAGCAGCACAUAUUGCUGUGUUAUUGUAGGGUUGUUUAUGAGCACUAGGCGGCACACAGUGGUUUGUUAUUGUAUGGUUCCUCACAAGUAUUGGGCUACUGGCAGUGAAUUGUUUUAAAUAUUUUUAGAAAAAAGAGCACUGAAGCUUUUGUUUUGGGGGGAAACCUCCCCCCGCCACACACACAACAACAAAAAUGCCAGAACAGAAAAAGACAACGAUGGUUGGGAAGACCCAUUCUGUCUAGUAGAGCUGAGGUCUGCCAGUUAGGACUUCUGGGUUCUACUCCUGACUGUGCCCCUAACUCUUUGAGCAAGUCUGUGCCUCAGUUUCUCCUCUGUAAACCGGGGAUAAUGAGAUUCACUCACCAAUACAGCUGCUGAAAGGCAUGACAGUGGCGUUGGAACAAUUUGUAUAGUGGGGGUGCUGAGAGCCAUUGAACCAAACUGUGAACCCUGGAUAUGAUGGAAACCACUUCAAGCCCGGGGGAUACCAGUGCACCCCCAGCACCCCUGGGCAUGAUGGAAGUGCACAGUAUUACAGUUAUUUUGUUCUGUUCUGAGAUCUCCACUCUUGACAUUGUCUGUCCCUUUAACUUGCGAGCUGGGGUGGGGGAAUAUUUAUUUAAUGUUUUUAAUGGACCCAAUCCUGUGAGCUGCUGAGCAUCUCCGGAGAGGUCCUGAGCAGCCACCAUUUCUAUUGAAGUCAAUGAGGGUUGCACAGCACCUCCCAAGACCAGGGCCGCAGCGAAGAAGGGAAAAGGCAUUUUCCUUGAUCAUUUCUUCACCCCCGUGGAUAAUUACAUUGAAAAGACAUAUCCUCCAGUGCAGAGCCUUUCUCCUUAGGUGCCCACAAUGGUCCUGCUUCUCUAUCCCCCCCCUCAAAUCCACUCACUUGUUUGCUGCCUACCCCUCAGUGGGCUUUGGAACGGGACACCAGUUCCUUGAGAGUGUAGGUGUAAUUGUGUUUGAUUGAUGGAGGUUUAACAUUUAGUGUUAUUAAAAAAAAGAUUGUAUUUCUUCUACAAGUUUGUAAAUAUACGAGAGUGACACGAGAUGUCCAAUAAUGUCCAAGCAGAGGAAAAAACACUUAGAUUUAAUAUAUGGCCCCUUACCUGCUAGCAGAUAUCUAACCCUUUUCAGGUUACCAGUGGGAGGGGGCGGGGGGCAACUUUCUGAAAGGAAAUGAACAGUGUGAAGGCAGCCCUCUGGGACCACCUGAACGCCAUACAUGAUUGCAGUGUGUUGUUUGUAUGUGUCUGGCUGGGUGAAAAAUGAAGCGAUGCAUGGCUGUGAAAUGCUGGGAAGGUGGAUGCGAAAAUCCCCAGGUAACGCAUGUAUCUCAGCAUUAUGAUCCUUUUCCAGACCACAACUUGCGGAUACGUAGAGCAGCAAUGCAAACCCCUGCUUUCUCCACCAGCAAAGUUGUGUAGACCAGGGUUAUCAUCAGGGUCAUGUUAACGGUGACAUUAACAAGGUUUUUUUGUUUGUUUGUUUACAUGCUUUGUGUAAACUGAUUUACAGCCUGAGUUUAUACCCCUUUACACAGCAUUUACUGUUCAGGAAUCAUGGGCAAAUCUCCAAUUUUCUCCCAUGCCAGACCAAGAGUCAAUCACAGUAUGUUCAGAAGUCCACCCACCCACCCCAUUUCAAUGCUCAGAUUGGACUUCAGACACAGGUGCAUCUAUUCAAUGCACUUAGGUACCUUUCUGAGCAUCCAAUUAAGGCGCCAUUAUUUCAAAAUUGAGCCCAUGGCAUUAACUUUGUAAACUUUGUUUUUCACACAUUUUCCAGGCCAUGUAGAAGUAGCAAGUCUGGAAGGAAAUUUGGGGCAAUGACCGAGGAUUCAUGGGCAUUUGGGGAGUGGAGCUCGGGAGCAUUUACCCUCACUCUGAGCCCUUCCACAAGAAGACAUUUGGUCAGGCCUUCAAAUAUUGCUUAUUUCCCUCACAUCAUCUUAUGAAGGAAUCCAGGUGUGUAGUGAGGAAGUGUUUCCUCUCCCAAGUCUAAUAGUACAAUCCAUGUCCUCUGCUCUGACCCCACUGAUCCAUGGCCAAAAUCUUCAUGGUGCUUGACAUCACACAGCAAAUCACACCAAAUGGUACCAUGGAAUACAGUCUUGGGGAGGUGAGGCAGAGCUGGAAGUUCUAAGUCUCCCUCCUGAGGGUGGCAAAAGCUUAUUUCAUUUUUGACAAAUGCACAAAAAAGACUGUGAAAAGAGGCCCCUCACGUGAGGAGCAGAGUGGUGGGGGCGGGAAGAGAGAAUUAAACUAGGAGAUGGUCUCCCAGGCUAUGUCGUUAAUAAAAAAGUUAGGGCCAUGUGCUGUUCACAAUCCAUGCACAGAAUUCCCAGACACAUCAAUGAGGAAGACCACUGGCUCUCAGCAUGGUCUCAAAGUGGGUAUAUUUCCAGUGUGGUGCCUGGGAGAGUUAGCUGCAUGAGUCCUUUCGACAUUAAGGGGUGUGUCCAACUGUUGAACCGUCCUCCUGUUCCCCUUUAUUUAACAUGACCCCUUCCCACCUACAUCUUACAGUGUGACACCUCAGCAUAGUUUCUAUGGGGGUUGUUUCCCCAAAGGCCAAAUCUCAGCUGUUCACUUGUUUUCCAAGCUCACUAUCUCAGCAGGGAAGAAAUCAGCUUGGUAAGAAUGCCAGCAAGAUCCCCUAUCAAGGCAUGGCUUGGGGAGGCCCAUGUAUGGUAAGCCAGCCACCCUGAGAAGAGCAAGGAAAAGAGGACAGCUCCUCUAAAUUAGCCCAGGAAAUGCAAGGUAAAGGGCUCUUACCUCAUUGCAGGUUCAGCUUAGCUAGUGCCAACAAAAGGUCCUGCAAACCUCUAAGGAGUACACAAGACAGUAGAGGAAGGGAGGGUGUCUCAACAGUUAGGAGGAUAGGAUUUCAGAGCUAAUAGUAGGGCUGACUUCAUGGCAAGGCUGUUUGGGGAGCACAUUAGUGGGCAGAGGUCCGAUCCAACAAAGGAAGUGUCCAGGCGGGGCAGGGAACUACCUCUCCCCGAUUUGUGUAUAUCUUCAGCUCACUUCCCGAGCCCUGUGGGGAACGUGUGUUGUGGUACCCUAACUGGGGCCCCAUCAAUCAACAUCUCAGCAUAUCUGUGAGAACAGAGGGAUUGAACUGAGCCCUACUAUUUGUCCUCGGUCUACCCCUUUACUUCCUUCUAAGAAAGCCUAGCACCUCCUAUGGAAUGUGAGUAUGUGUGUGUGUCUACAUAUAGUACUCGCAGGCCACAAGGAGCAAGACCACCUAGGAAACUGUCAACAAGGAGAGAACUUCCCAGCUGGGGAGUGUCUUCCAGCUCUGAAGUUAUUUCAUUUGCUCCCUCUUUCAGUCACACAGAUACUCAUCCCUCCCAAUACCCCUACAACACACACAUGCCAUUCUCCUCCAAAAAUCCCUCACACAGCCAUCACACCACUCUCUUUUCCUAGAUCCCCCGGUGACACAUGCAAAAUGACACAUACAUCUCAAUUUGCUUUUAGCAAUUUGUCUAUAGAAAGCCAUCAGCUGCAUGGUUUGUGGUGACUUUCUACAAACAAGGAAAGGGUGUGGCGGGAGGGGGAGAAGGGGAGGGGAGAGUAAAAAUUGCCUCCACACCAGCUGCCCCCAAACCGUUCCAUUUCCUCAGCUGGAGCUAAGUUUCAUCCUCCAGGCCUUAGGGAGGAGGUCCAGCGUCCCUUCUUCUUGCUACACAGUGGGGUGGUUAGAACUCUUCUCAUUAACAGUGUUAUAUACAUAUAAAUAUAUAUAUAUAUCUAUAUCUUUAUAUAUAUUUUUCCCCAGCACCGUAGACAUGAGUUGAACUUCUCUUUAAUGAAACAAGAACACGGCCAUUUUAUUUUUUGCCAUUGGUUUGUUUUCGGAUACUAGCUCUGUGGAAGAAAAUUUUAAAUGCGCAAGUGUGUGUGUGUUUAAAAAAAAAAAAAAAGAAGGAAAAAAAAACAAAACAAAACCUGACACCAACAAAAAGCUUUUUCUUUUUUCUUUCCUCAAUGUAUUUAACUUCUGUUAUCUUGUUUCUGUUUCUUUACAUGUAUGAAUGCUCUGCUCUUCUGUGAUCUUAAAAAAAA